UCGGGUCUCCUCUUGCUACUGUCCUCCAGCCUGGCCGGCUGCUUGUGGGGGGGUGGGGGUGGGACCAAGCACCUUCCCCCGCGGCCUAGCGGCGCCGGGAAAAUAAACUCGGUGGCCACUUGGGCCAAGCGCCGGACAGGGCCUCUGGCGCCUCGUCUCGGCCCGGUUCCGGGUGUCUGGUCAGUCUCUGGGCGUUUGGCGAUGGGAUUCUUGGGUCAUGUACUUAAGCUUUGAAAAUGGGAGACGUCACAGUUUUGCUUUUCCUGAAGACAAGGUCAGUUCCAAGGUCUUUAUUCUGGGGUACUGGAAGAAAGCCAGAACUUUGGAGUCGGGUUUCCUGGCCUCUGCUACUUUGUGACUUUCUUCCAGUCCCUUAACCUUUCUGUGUUUUGCUAUUUUAGGGGAUAAUGGUAUCGCCUAACUUACAGGAUUGUUAUGCGGAGUAAAUGGCUUCGUUUGUUCAAGGUGCUUAAAAUAGUACCAGGCACGGUUUAAUCUGCACAGUGUAAAGAUUGCUGUUAUUAUUACUGUUACUAUUUCUAACUAGGACAGCACUUAUUCUUCAGUGACGAACCUUGGUACUGGCUGUUUUCAUUUGAAUUUUAGUGCUAUUUACCAGUUCUCUUUGUAAUGGACGAUUUGUGUAUUUUGGGAGGGAAAAAUAAAACAUUCUGAAGAAGAGCCUGUCUGAAAGCAAAGAUUAAAAGUGGUUCGUGUAGUGUCUUGUGAUGUUCAGACUCACGGAGUUUUAAAAUCUUGGAGAUGCCUUUUCUUCUAGAGGCAGGAGGAGCUUGAGAAACAGGAGGAGCAGCGAGAGGUAUCUUAACAGUGAAGAAGGAUAAGAGCCCUGGUGUAAACAGACAUUGCUGUUUUGCUCGGUGCUGCGAACCUGCCAGCUUUCUGACCCUCACCGAGAAUCCUCACCGGCUUGAGGAUCACAUGGAUGGAUGAUAGAUUUGAUUGAUAGAUAGGUAAAUCGGUAGUAAAUUAAAUAGAGAUGGAUCUGAAACUGAGUUCACACUAAUACCUUUUGUUCUUUUUGCAGGUUUUUAAAGCUAAUACUGACCAUAUAGAGUUUAUCAUUGUCAUUGACUUGAUGCUUCUUGCGAUCCUUGAAAGUUCUUUCAUCUGCCUCCUUUUCCUUAAAGAGUUUGGGCCUUUAACAUUCUCAGGAUCUACAGGGAUCCCUGUAGCAUUCUUUGCUCUAUUUGUAACUUAACAAAAAAAAAACAAACAAAACAAAAACAAAAACUUUGUCUUUGGUUUACUUAUUUGGCAAACACUUGUGUUGGUAAAGUCUUUUGAUCCUGUACUUUUGUACUCUGCCCAGUUGGUGAGACUCCAGAUAGGAGAAGUGAUGAAACAUGAGUGGUUGAAUUGAUUAUUAAGAAUGUAUCAAUGUUCAUUUUUCUCUCUACAGCCUCUCACAACAAUCCCACUCGCUUUCGGCCUCGGAUAUACUUUUACUUCCCUUGACUCCCAAAAAGUGCUUUGGACUGUAUUAAGGAAAGAAAGAAGGUGUAAUUUUAAUAUUUAAAAUUACAUUAGUAAAGGUUUAAAUGUAGCUAGAGAAAAACUUAAACUUGACUGCAAUAGUAAGCCAAUCAUUCAGCCAUAAUCUUUUAGUCAUUUUCAUUCAUCUGCCUUUCCCCUUUCCUCGUCUCUCCAUCUGUCCUUCUCUAUCUCUUUCCUUUUUAUCCCUCCUCUACUUCCCUUCUUCCUUUCAUUCUUUUUCAGCAAACUAGAGGCCAAGAUAUCAUAUCUAUUCAUCUGCAGGCACGACAGUGCUAAAAUAGGAACUUUAAUUUAAUCACACUAUAACAAUAAACAGAAUUGACAGCAGUUCCCUAGUAUUGCAUUCAUGUUUCCUGAUUGACCCACAAAUGUCUUUUUACAAUUUGGUGAUAUUGUUUAAACCACAUAGUUUAUAUUGAAUUGCUGUCUCUUUUAAUCUAUGAUAAUCCACUUUCCCUUUGCUUCCUCUUUUGAUAUACCAUUUAUUUGUGGGAGAACUUGGGGUUUCAAUAUUCUCACAUAAAUUGCUUAGUUCUACUGUUACUUUUAAAAAAACUUAUCUUUAGCUUCUCAGGUCUUGCACUUGGCUACACUUUGGAGCACACAGUAAGUUUUCAGACUGCGGUCUGUGGCCACCCCCUAAGGCUGGCUCCGUUGACCUUGGCUGCGCAACUGUCAGGAGGCUUUAAAAGCUUCCCAGUGAUUCUCUUGUGUAGCAUAACUUUAAUACUUUUAAUUUGCUCUCCUGUUUUUACCUGUACAUGAGUUCUUGGGUCUAGAGGCUUGAUUAAAUUUAGGUUUACUUAUUUAAUAAAAAUAUUGUACCCUAUAUCUCUUGUGACAGCUAAUUAGGAAACAUUUUCUGAUUCUUUAUAACAGUUGAUGUAAUGUAAACCCAGCUAUGAUGGUUUACACCAGUAAUCUCAGCUCUUGAAAGGCUGAAGUGAGAGGAUUACCCUGAGUUAAAUGACACCUUGGACUACAUGAUGAAUUUAAGGGCACCCUGGACUAGAGUGAGACCCAGUCUGGUUUAAAAAAAAAAGAGAGAGAGAGAGAGAAAACCACAAUUGGUGGAUCAUUUCCAUCUAUCACCUGUUAUCCCUUGAACUGUAGAAAAUUGGAGUGAGAAAUAGAAAUUCAAGGGGGCACAGACUUGGAAAUAUAUUUCCCUUAGUAACUCUAGGCUUACAUACUCUGAUCUCAUUCACUGAGCGAAGAGAAAUGCACUGCCGUCUCAUUGUACUCACAGAAAGUUGCAGUCAGUUCUUGCUUAAAAUCUAGUUCUUUCUGAUUCAAAGGAAUCAGAUCUUCCAACCCUUUUAGGAAGCUCAGGUCUCACAGCCUAAGCCGUGAAAAAACAAAGCAAAACAAACAAACAAACAAACAAACAAACAAAACUGAGGCACUGACUGGUUAAUGUGUGACAUUUCCAGGGUGAUGCAUCUGAGAGGAGUGGGAGAAGACAUUCAUAAAUGUCUUGUUCAAGUGCACAUGUUCUAACAACGAUGGGAUACUCAGCCUUUUCUGGCAUGGGCUUUCACAACUUCAGCUCCCUUGUAAGGCACGUUGGGCAGCCACUGAACAGCCAUUUAACUCUUACAGCUUUGAGAUUACACAGUGAAGGAAAAGGAAGGGUGCUUCCCUUUGCUCACUCUGCAUGGGUCAGAGAGCUCUAGCACAUCUGCCCAUCCAUCUGGUGUCUGUUGUCUAACCGUGGGAAGUAAGCGUGCCUGCCUGUGUGCCAUGGAGGCAGCUUUUGUCCUCACCUUUCUUAGCCUUUCUCUGGUGUCUGUUUUCUGUAAGCUUAUAACACUGAGCCGUAUCAGCUGUUUUUCCAGUUUCAAAGUUCAACAUUUGUGCCAGUGUGUAUGUGUUGUGUGUAUGUUCCAGUGUUUGUGCACUUAGGUCUGCUAGCACAUGCACACGUGUGCACAUGGAGAGGUUAGUACUGAAUGUCUUCCUCUGUUGCUCUCCAUCUUUAUUUAUGUUUCUGAGGCAGGGUCUCUCCCUGAAAACAGAGCUCACCAGUUGGGCAAGAGUUGGCCAUCAAACUCCAGGGAUCCUCUAGUCUCUACAUUCCCAGUGCUGGAAUUCCAGGUGCUUGCCAGCAUCUGGCGUUCUACAUGGGUGCUGGGGAUCUGAACGCAGGUCCUCAAGCCUGUGCAGCAGGUACUUUACUGACUCAGCCAUAUUCCCAGACCUUGUGCUUCCACUCUUCCAGCUGUAGUUUAUAGUUUCCAAAGCGACAGUAACUCUGGAGUUUUUUGAUGCUGCUAUUGUCAUCUAGUGAGUAGAGACUGGAGUGCUGCUAAACAUUUUAAGAAUUAAAGCCAUAGAAGUAAUCUCACUUAAAAUGCCUGGGUUUGAGAAAAAUGGCUUUAGAAAAAUAACGAUUUACCAAAUACAUUUGUGUUCAUUUAGUCUUUCUCUUACACAGUAACAUUUAUUCUGUUUCUAAUAUAUAUUAGUACCUGGGAAGUAGAAAAAUAAGAUGAAGACAGUUGUUUUUAAGAAAUUCACAAUCCAGUGGUAUAAUGAUUUAUUUAGAGACAAAGUUUUACAAUAUAACCUAAAUGAGUAGACUUGCCUUGAACAUGCAGCUGUCCUCCUGUCUCUGAGGAGUGUUGGGAUACAAGUUUACCCCAUCAUGCUGGCUGACAAGUUUUAUUUAAUAAUUCCAAAGUUCAUUUCCAGCAGGGGUCACGUACAGAAAGUGAUGCUAGCUUGGAUGAAAACACUCAUGCCCUGGUUAGGAGUUUUAGGGUGCUGUCUCGUGGGCACUUGUGAGGAUGGGGUAGACGGAGUGUGUAUGCACGCACCUACUAGGUUGGAGACAGUAGUGCUGAUAACUAGGAGAAUAGAGACAGCAGAUCUGAGAGACAUUCCGUGGUAGAACAGAUUGGAUCCGUGUUGGAACUCAAUGAGAAGAGGCAGGUACAUGAUUCUAAGGACGCCUGUGGGCAGAGCUGCUGCAUGGAAAGAAUGCUGCAGUGGGGAAACAGGAAGAAGCAAGAAAAUUAGCUUUGUUCGAAGCUAAUUGACUUAGAUUUGUUUGUAAAAUUUCCAGGUAGAACCAUCUGGGAGGCAACUCAAAAUAGGGAUCAAGAGUUCUUAUCUAAGAAAUAGAAGCUAAAAUCUUGCAAGGGAUUCAAGAAUGAAGUGUGUGCACGUUGAGCGGGUAUCAACAGAAUGCCAGAGCCUACUCUUAAAAGGAGGAAGGGCAGUAAACUGUUUUGAUGUUACUGUAUCGCUUUAUUAGUUGACAUUCAUAUAUUCAGCACAUGCUAACCGCUCUAGAAACAGUGCUAACAACAUUCCUCUCUGCUGUCACUUAGCCAUUUGCAUAUGAGGUCCAGAGAUAAGUGGUUUACUAAGAUUACCCAUUUGGCUUGAGCGAAACCCGAAUCGAGGAACCUUAACUUUGAACUCUACAGUGACUCCAGGAGAGUCUGGAAGAGAAAAUGAGGUGACAACAGGAAAGAAAGGUUCUAUAACCCAGGGAAAAGAGAUUUUCUUGAAGCAGACAGCAACUUCCGCCUGGUUGCCUCAGAACCCGUGGCACAUAGGAACUGAAAGGAGCUUUUCUGCCUACUAAGGCCUGUGGUCUGGAUCUGUGUUGAAACCUUGGCAGAAAGACUAGAGCUGUGAGUCAGGAGGGCUUUCUUUCCAGAAUUUUGGUCUUAAAGGGGUACAGAGUAGCAGACUGAGAAGGCAUCAUUGUAUCCUUUAGGGCAAGGACUUGGAGACGUGUGUUGCCGAUUAGUAUUUCUGAAGAAAACAAAAGAUCCUACAAACCCAGAGACCUUGCUUGACAGACUCCUUUGAACUGGUUAGUCUUCAACUUUUGGCCGUUUGUUUGGCUGUAGCUCACAUCAGAGAAAAUUUAAGUCUCAUUAAAAUAAGCAUCUAGGGAUUAAAAAAUCGGUUGUAUUUCUUCUGAUAGAGUUCCUACGUUUUUCUUUUUCCUUUCCCUAAAUGUAUGUAGAGAAGAACUAAUACUCAUUUUCUAUUGAUGCCUAACAAGUUACCAGACACGGACACACAAAUAAAACCUGUUAUUCUUAUUUGUAAGUCAGAAGGCCAGGCAGGCUCAGCUGAGUUCUCUGUUAGAGACUAACAAAAGCCAGGGCCAAAGCUGGGCUUAGACCUAUAGGUUCUGCCUGAAAGCCACUUAAAAGCUCAUUGCUCUUCCUAGUAGAAGUAAGCUCCUUGUGAUCAGUCUGGUCAUUCUGAAGUGUAUCAUUUUCAAAGUUGUGAUGAUUAUUAAGACAGCAAGUCUUUGGGAUUAUCUAAUAAUUGGGCCAGCCAUAGAUGGGCGUUCUAAUGGGAUUACUUUGAAGUUACUAAGAAGGAAGGGUUCUAGAGUUCAGACAGUGUCCUAGGUCUUCACUGAAACUUGGCUGCCUCGGUCUCAAUUUCUCUCUCCAGAGGUAUGAGGUAUUCAGGCUCAUUUCCAGAAUAUCCUUUAGAGAACUUAUGGUGGGGUUUGGAUUUCCUAAUUACUUCAGCAAAAUACCUAACAAAAAGUAAAUGAAAGAUGGUUUAUUUUCAGAUAUUGUCUCCCAUAGUAGGGAAGUCAGAAGCAGAGGGUUGAGGUAGGUGGUCAUUGUGUUUGUAAUCAGGAAGCAGAGAGAGAGAUGAAUGCUGGUGCUCUACUUUGCUUUUUGUUAGAUCGGGGACCUUAGCCCGUGGAAUGGUGCUACCUGUUUUCACAGUGAGUGUUCUUACCUCAGUUAGAGCUCCCUAAAAAUGCCCCCAGAGUCUUCUGAACAAAUCCCUGUCAGGUUAACAAAAUUAACUUGGGAUAAUUGAAUCCAUCACUUCAAAAUCAUAACCCUGGCUCCUAGACUCAUAUUCGUCUCAUAAUAUAACAUGUGUUUACUCUGUCUCCAAAUCUCUUUAACAGUCCCAACACUGUUCAGAAUGUAUAUGCAGAGUCUUUUGUGCAACUCAGCCAAUUUCUUAACUUUGAACUCCAUAAAAUAAUACAAGUAAUAUACUUCUAAUGUACACUGGCACAAGUAAACAUUUCUUUUCCAAACAAGAGGGAUGGAAGCAUAGCAAGGAAAGAUGAGACAAAAACAAGACUGAAGCCCCGGAGGAACAACACCAAAUCCUGCACUUCUGUAUCUAGCAUCUGGGGCUCAUGGUGGAAUCUCCUGGGCUUAACUUUAGGCAGCUCUACCUCUCCAGCUCAUUGUCUGUCGCACAUGUGACCACUUUCUUGUGCCAGCUCUACUCUGUGCCUCAGCUUCCCUCAGCAGAUGUUCCAUGAUUCUGGCAUAUCCUACACUUUGGAGUCUCCAUUGCAAUUUAGGCUUUAUGUUCCCGGCUUCAUGUGGUGGCCUUCUCAUAGGGAAUCUGACCCUACCACACAUUGCCUAGCCUCAGCAUCUUUCUGUGUUCCCUUUACUUUUAUGUUUUUCAUGCUUGCAAAACCAGUAUUCUAUGGAUGAUGCUUUCAAGUACAUCUUGCUUGAUAUAUAGCUUGAUUCCUUUAUAUUACUGUUUUAGUGGUCACUGUGUGCCUUUGACGCUGACCCUGGGGAAAUACUUUCAUAGCAGCGAUUUUGAAUCACUGAAUUCUUGUGGUGCUUUCCUUUUAAAUGAAAUGUCACAAGAUUUUCAAUGAAUGGCUUGGUCUUGCCCUCAUAGAGCCUUUCUAUUUUCCAGAUGUACCAACGCAAGAUUUAUCUUUCAUGAUUCUAGUUCAGCAAUUACAGAAGCUUUGUCUGCAUACAUCUCAUUGUUACAUUAUAUUAGUACAAACUGCUUUUCUAAACAAACCACAUUUCUGUACUCUCUCCCUAUUGAUUUGAAUAAGAGCAGUGAGCACUAGUCAUGCCACAACCUAAAUGCUAUCCUGUUUGGAAUUUCUGCCAAAUAAAUUACUUCGUGUUUUGUUUGUUUUGUUUUUUAUUCACUCUCAAGUUGUCAUGGUAUGAACAGAAUGCAGCCAGAUUCUUUGCCAGGAUGAAAAUAUAAAUAGAUUCUAUUCCAGUUCCUGAAAGGGUCCAUAUUCUCUGAAACUGCAUCAGCUAGGCCUCUUAUUUCUGGCAUUCUGGGAUUCCAAACUCCCGCCAGAAUGGCCUGUUAAGCUUUUCUUGUAUCCAUAGGGCUUUAGCCUCCACCUCCAAAUUGUAUUCUCUCCACAAUCAGCCCAUAAGAAACACACAGUCAGCUUUAUCAGGGCAGUGGCCUCUUCUCUCUGGACUAGUGUUAGUCACUUGCUGCUGUGACAAAAUGCCAACAAAAGCAACAGCUGACAGUUGGAGGGUCCAGUCCAACAUGGAGCUAGCUACCACAGACUGUAGUGAGGAAGCGGAGAUGAACACUGGUGCUCCACUUGCUAACUCCUGCUUGCGUGGGACCCAAGCCCAUGGGAUGAUGGGCAGUUUUGUGAAUCUUCUAACUGAAGUCUAACCUCUCCAGAACAACCUCACAGACAUGCAUACUUGAUUGUAAAUCCCCAAGAUGAUACAGAAUGAGAAGUUACAGAGGCAUUUGAACAUGGUGAUCUCCUCAGCUGUUCCUUGGCAGUUUCCUCAGGGUCCUGGGCCUAGGAGGAGGGGAACAUUUGUAACUACGGUGCCUUAUUAGUCAUCUCCACCUCUCAGUAGUCUUUUUCAGAAACACAACUUACAGCUACAGUGAAACGAGAGAACUGCUUGUCUCGGGAUGGCUAGAGAAUCAAGGGAAAGCACAACCCUGGACUCGCACUCUGCAGAGGACCAGAUGGAGCUACUGGUCAUAAAGGUGGAACAGGAAGAGGCCUCCCCCUUGGCAGAGGAGACCAGUUGGCUGGGCAGCCCUGGGCCCGACCGCUCACGCCAGCGCUUCCGUGCUUUCCGAUACCCCGAGGCGGCCGGACCCCGGCAGGCGCUGAGCCGGCUCCGUGAGCUCUGCAGACAGUGGCUGCGGCCUGACAUGCACAGCAAGGAGCAGAUCCUGGAGCUGCUGGUGCUGGAGCAGUUCCUGACCAUCCUGCCAGGGGAGCUGCAGGCCUGGGUGCGGGAGCAGCACCCCGACAGCGGGGAGGAGGUGGUGGCGCUGCUGGAGUACUUGGAGAGGCAGCUGGAUGAGACUCCUCCACAGGUUCCAGAUGAUGAUGAUGGGCAGGAACUUCUUUGUUCCAAGGCAGUACUGUUGACAUCAGCUCAGGGCUCAGAAAGUAGCCAGAUGGAGCCCAUGGAGCCUCUAUUGAAGCAGGAGUCUUUGGGAUCCCUGCCCUCAGAAGUCAGAGUCACCCAGGGGCCCCACUGUGGAGAAGAUGGAGUGACAGCUCCCAGGCUCACUUCAGAGUUGCAGGGGUUGCUGAAAAUGGAAGAUGUUGCCCCCGUCCUUUCCCCCAGAUGGACGGAGCAGGAUCCAUCUCAGAUGAACCUCUACAAGGAAGGACUACAGGAGAACCCUGGCAGCCUGGUUUCCCUGGAUCAGGAUAUGCAGACUAAGAUUAGGGACUUGCCUCCAGCUGAGGAAUACACAGAACAAAAGCCUGAGCAGACAGUGUGCUUCCUGGGUGAAGACACUGUCCCCGUUCCUGCAGGUGCAGAAGCCAGUGAGCAGGAAGGCAAGUUACAGACAACGCAGAAGACUGCCACGGGAAAUAGGCGGUUUUAUUGCCGUGAAUGUGGAAAGAGUUUUGCUCAGAGUUCAGGCCUAAGUAAACACAAAAGAAUCCACACCGGAUUGAAACCCUAUGAGUGUGAGGAGUGUGGCAAAGCCUUCAUUGGAAGCUCAGCUCUCAUCAUUCAUCAGAGAGUUCACACUGGCGAGAAGCCAUAUGAGUGUGAAGAAUGUGGCAAGGCCUUCAGCCACAGCUCAGAUCUCAUCAAGCACCAGAGAACCCACACUGGGGAGAAGCCCUACGAGUGUGAUGACUGUGGGAAAACCUUCACUCAGAGCUGCAGCCUCCUUGAGCAUCACAGAAUUCACACUGGAGAGAAGCCAUACCAAUGCAACAUGUGUCCUAAAGCCUUUAGGCGUAGCUCACAUCUCCUGCGACAUCAGAGGACCCAUACCGGGGAUAAAGAUUAUUUUGUCCCAGAACCUUACUGGGAAAGUCAGAGUAGGGUAGAAAGCCAUUGGGAAAAUAUUGAGACUCCUGUGUCUUACCAAUGCAAUGAUUGUGAGAGAAGUUUCAGUAGGAUUACAAGCCUUAUUGAACACCAAAAAGUACACACUGGUGAGAAACCCUUUGAGUGCCAAACUUGUGGAAAAGGCUUCACCCGACCUUCAUACCUUAUUCAACAUCAGAGAAGACACACAGGAAAGAAAACUUCUGUCACAGUGACCCCUGCUGUACGUUCCGAAGUUGGUGUUCAACUGUCAUUGAACUGAAGCUACCUUGGAGCUCUUACUGACUACAGAAGUCAUAGGCUGGGGCUCUAUUUAAUAAUAUACAUUCUCAUAUAUUAGGGACCUGGCUGAGACUCAUUAUCUUCUACAUUCUAGAAGAUGACUAGGGAAAAAAAAAAAAACUGAUUUCAUGGGAGGUUUUGAGAAAGAGUUGUCUGCAAGAGUUCUCACUCAUUGGAAUCAAAUGGGCUUCCUGACUGGCAAAUUGCCUUCCCUUGGCCUGCAUUCCAUGUCUCCUGAGGGAAUGGUUAUGCUUUGGGGUUGUUACUCUGACACUUAUUUAGGCUAAUGAGCCCUUCACACAUGGUCAGACUUGGAACUCUUAUGUCCUGCUUUGUGCCUUGUAUACAGGUGCUAAUAAACAUUUAUUAAAUAUAGUGGUGAGAUUUCCUACAUAGCUCUGAAAAUCCAUUAUUAUCUGGAAAUUCUCACCAAGGUAAUUUGUAUAUCUUUUAAAAAUGAUGUUUUAGAUUUAAUCACUGUAGUACUGCUUUGGUUUUGGUUUUGGUUUUUGCCAAGUACCCAGACUUGGCAGGGCAGGGGUGAAGGUGAGGUUACUGUUCUAGAAUCCUUUAAUUCUUUACCUAAUUUAGGAAUUCUGUGAGAGUGCCUUAAACAGCUUCCUUAGCAUUAGGUCAUUGUGAAUGUGCCACCCAUGGAAUUCCACUAAUAUUUUUUUUUCUGUUAAUUUUGUUACUCUUGAGAGAAAAAAAAGAAAAAAAAAUAGUUUUCCUACUUAUGUAGUGUGAAAACCAGUUUCAGAAUAAAGUGAUCAAUGUCUAAGGCUUAGUCUCUUGGUUCUCACUUUGGUGGUUAUCUUGGAUCUAACCAAGAGCUUCUGCCUCCUCUCUUUUAUGUCAUUAACCACAGCUCAACUGUACUAAGGCAGUGGGUUAUGUUACCAAGAGACAAAAACAAACAACUCAGCUGGCGAAGGUCCAUAAGUACCUGUGGUGCAGCCGAGUUGCUCAAGGAUCUAGUCUGUGCGGGGCAAGAGUUUACAGGAGCUUCACUACUGGAUAAGCAGCAGUUGGUCUCCUGACUUGCUCUGUUCCACCCUCCUUAGUCCAGGGAGAGGGAUUUCAUAAGCAGUGACAGUGCUGUUGCUGGGUCCUUGUAUGACCAGCUUCCCAAGGAAGAACUAACAACAGAUGUUUGCCUCUCUCCUACUGUGCUGCUGGGAAAUUAACUAUAUGAGCACUCUGGCUUGGCUCUCAGAGGCAGGAGGCAGGAGGAUUUUUGAGUUUGAGGGUCGCCUGAACUACAGAGCAAGUUCCAGGAGAUUCAGGGGAUACACAGAGAAACCCUGUCUCAAAGAAGAAGAAGAAGAAGAAGACAUUUCAGUGGAGUGCUGAAGAGAUGGCUCAGGAGUUAAGAGUGCUUUUUCUUGCAGGUAGAACAACAAUCCAGGUUGGGUUCUCAGUGCCCACAGUGUCUUGAAGGUAUCCAUAAUCCAUUCCAGGGAAUCCAACACCCUCUUCUGACCCCUGAAGGUGCCGGGCACACCUGGUGCACAGAUAUACAUUGUGAACAAAACACUCAUAAGUAAGUCUGAAAAUCUUUGUAGAGUUUCAGGAACGUGAUAUUUCCCAUUCUGUUUUUCUCAAAGAUCAUUCACCUAUUAUAAAUAUAGAUUAUAAGCUACAAAAACCUAGCCCUGCUAAGUCCACGCUUUGGUAACCCAGUGAAUUCAUACUAAAUAUUUAAAAUAAAAAUUGCUUGCUUUUGGAUCCAGAA